AGGCUGUGGGUGCCCGCGCCGCCGCCCGCCGGCCCCACGCCCGGCCCCAGGCACCCGCCCGCCUCGUCCGCCCGGCGCCCACCGUCCCCAGGAUGUUCAAGAAAUUUGAUGAAAAGGAGAAUGUAUCAAACUGCAUCCAGCUGAAGACUUCAGUUAUUAAAGGUAUUAAGAAUCAACUGAUAGACCAGUUUCCUGUUAUUGAACCAUGGCUAAACCAAAUUAUGCCAAAGAAGGACCCAGUCAAAAUAGUAAGAUGUCAUGAACAUAUAGAAAUCCUCACUGUGAAUGGGGAGUUGCUGUUCUUCAGACAAAGAGAAGGGAUUUUUUACCCGACGCUAAGGUUGCUUCACAAAUACCCAUUUAUUCUACCACAUCAGCAGGUUGAUAAAGGCGCCAUUAAAUUUGUACUAAGUGGAGCUAAUAUAAUGUGCCCUGGCCUGACGUCUCCUGGAGCAAAACUUUACCCUGCUGCCGUUGAUACUGUUGUUGCGAUAAUGGCAGAGGGAAAACAACAUGCAUUAUGUGUGGGAGUAAUGAAGAUGUCAGCUGAGGACAUUGAGAAGGUCAACAAAGGGAUUGGUAUUGAAAAUAUCCACUAUUUAAAUGAUGGCCUUUGGCAUAUGAAGACAUACAAGUGAAACAAAAGGAACUGUGUUACUCCAAAGGAAUGCACUUAGAUUAAAUGUGGACUGCUUUGUAAUUCCUUGUUUUUAAUGUGACUGAAUGUACAAAUUACUUUGUUCUGUGGCUAUGCUAAAUAAAUCAAGUGAAUGCGAAAGUACUGUUAGGCUACAA